UUCGUGUCGGAUGCCACUUCCUGCAGGUCGUAAAAUUCAACUUUGUCGAAAGCGUGUUGCAUAUCAGUUUACCGGAAAUUGGUGGGUGGACCGAGAGGCGAGCUUUAUUCAUUUAUGUAAAGCUUAACUUACAGCAUUGGUAACCGAGAAGCUGUGAAAUGCAGUCCCUACUUUGUAACAGUGUGGUGAAUAUUUUAUUAGUGUGCGAUACUGAUACGACAGCCUAGAUCAACAUUAGUCAACCAUCGCGUAGGGGUCCUUUGUUUGCAUAAUGCUAUUACUGGGCGUUUAAUGUAGUGACAAUCAGCAGGAAGUUUAAUUAGAUUGUUCGUAAAUGGGCGUAUGUUAUACAGGACGUGUCAUCGAUGUGACCUUUGUCAGUUAGCCCAAUUAAUGAUUGAAGUAUGUUUGCCCAGGAGAAGUUUUCAUUGCAAAAUUGUAGUUGUUAAGGUACUAAAUAUAACUAUAUACUAAAAUAUAACAUACACCAAUAUCAUGACGAAGCAUCCCCAAAAUACGGUGGAAACGGCGCUUUAAUUUUGGAAAUUUACAAUUUGCUUUAAUUCUUGGUUGGAUUCCGAAUGGGCCAAUAGCUGCUAUCAACAUGCUUGCAUACCUGCUGCAAAAGUCAUUAUUUGAAACAUGCAAGGUAUCAAAUGUGUCAUCCGACUUCGUUAUCUUAUUCCUUAGGAUCGAUAUAGGUGUUAAAAGCGAUUGGUAAUUUUUGUACGCGGUUUCCAUUUACACGAAGAUUAUGAUAAUUCUGUGUGGUGAUAUCUGGACAUUUCGGAAGGACACAGUCAUGAGUCCAAUGGGCUUUUCGGUAUUUAUGAAAAAAAUGGGCUUUUCGUCACGAGUCGACAAAACAACGCCUAAGAGCAAGCGCACCGGUGAGUUGCCAUUUGAGUUGCUAUUUUCACAACGCUGGCCGUUGCUAUUUUGGAUAGCAAGCGAUUUUCGCACCGGUCGUUGCUUAUGGGGAUUACCAAUUCCACUAUUUCUUUUUCACACCGGCAGUUGCCAAUUUCUGAAGACCGUCACUAGCCAGCGUUGGCAAAAUGUUUGUUCGUGAUGUAUUUCGAUUAUUUUUUGCGGAUCUAGUAAUAACCAACUUAUUCGUCAGUCAAUCGUUUCCGGAAUGAUCUACGUUCUUUCUACUUCAUAAAAUGUUCCCUCCAUUUCACAUAACUUUGUUUCCGUUCUCCCAAGUUAUCGAUAACAUAAUUCCUUUGCAGAUUUUUUUACUUGUGCGUACAUAAAUUUUUUCAUCCUUAUAUGUUUAUUUAAAGAAAUUCCAUAAACUGGGCACGUCCCGCAACGUUGGCUUAAAUGACUAUUCUACUGAAAGCUGGCGAACUGUCAUAAGUUGUAUUCUGUAUUUCAUGCUGUCUCGGUUCCCACAGUUUGCUAUUAUUAUUUGAAAAUUUGCCGCUAAAAAGAACUUAAAUAUAGAACGCGUAAAUUGUUUUCGAUUAUUUGAUUGAUUCUAGUGAUGAAGAAAGUGAUUUCGCAAAACAAAGAUUCGGGGCGACUUUCAGCCUAGUAAAUACCCAAAAAAAACCGCCAUACGGAGGAAGGUGCCAUCCAGCGUUUUAACAACGGUCUAUACCGAUGACCAUUUCCAACGCCGCUUUCGAACGCAUCUCAGGUUUUUUUUUGAAACAGCGGUAAAGGAGAAAAGUGGUUUUUUAUACAACGACCGAACGAAACGGGAAAAUAGUUGGUAAUACUCCCGAGCAGAUUUGCUUAAACCUUCCAGGUUUAUUGAAUAAUAUUGGCCAAUCUUGUGAGGAUUUGAGCUUUCCGCAUCGUUUAGGUUGCAGACCAAAAUGCCCACCAAAAUGGUCAUCUCAAUAAAAAAAAACCGUUACAAAAUGUUUACCUGCCCGAAAAAACACCCUGUGCAAAAUUUCAGCUCAAUCGGAAAUAAAAUUGAGUAGUGAUUCACGCCGACACUUGCGUCCUACGUGUUUAACAAGCGAGGCAAAACGCUUCGUCUUCCGAAGCCGACCAAUAGAGUCCGCAUUCGAAACACUCAUCAUCUUCGUAAUAUUAUUACGAACAUUCACUAUCGAGCACAAAAAAACAACAGUUUGACAUUUCAUCAAAUAGCAACGAUUCAGCUCGUUGCUAUCGCGUUGCCAAAUUUAAUAACUCGCUACUACCCGAGGUGAGGAUUGUUAUUUCCCAAACCAACAUAGCAACGCCCGGUGCGGUUGCCGCGUUAUGGUGGGAGUUGCCAAACUAGCUUUAGAAACUUCAAUUUAGUCACUGGUGGGCUUGCUCUAAGUCAUUACAAUAUAGGAUUUUCGAAGUUUUCGGGAGCCGUGGCACUCCCUCUUUAAAUCCAGCUAGGAUUGUAUUCAUGUGUUCCAUGUUUUUAUAUUUCUUUAAAAAGUCUAAUCUAAGAUUUUUCAAAUAUAUUAUAGGUUACAAAAAUCGGCAUCUCCUGGAUUCGAUGAUAAUGUUUAGAUCACUGUUGCAGAUAUAAAGGAUUGAAUCAAUUUAGUGUGAUGGAGUUUAUAACUAUGUCAAAUCCAAACGGUUCCAUUAGUGGCACGAUGUCCUCUAUAACGAUCAAUUACACUGCAUCUUUCGCGAAUGUUUACAAUGAAAUUUACGUGAAUCUGCAGAUUGUCAAUGGAAAUCAGCUGAACAUUAGCGAGCGCUUCGUGGUGAACGCUGCAGGUAAUGCAUCCUUUAUGAUCAGAACAAACGCAGCUAACAAUGAAGACAGCAUCAGAACGAACACCAGUAAGGAAUGUGGUUGGUUAUGUUUGUCAUGGGAAAAAAUGUUGCUAGUAGUACUUUUCUGUACGUUGAUUAUUGUGACGGUGAUUGGAAACACGCUAGUGAUUUUAUCAGUCGCCACUACUCGCCGCCUCCGGACUGUGACAAACUGUUUUGUGAUGAGUCUAGCCGUAGCUGACUGGUUGGUAGGAAUUUUUGUGAUGCCACCCGCGGUAAUGCUCUUCGUUGUAGAAAAAUGGCAGUUGGGUUGGAUACUGUGCGACAUCUGGAUAUCCCUUGACGUACUUCUUUGUACCGCAUCUAUUCUGAGCCUAUGUGCAAUCAGCGUUGAUAGAUACUUGGCCGUCACGCAACCUUUGACGUACUCGAAGCGGAGGCGUUCGAAACGUUUGGCAUUGAUAAUGAUCUUUGUUGUAUGGCUAGUAGCAUUAGCCAUCACUUGUCCUCCUAUUCUCGGGUGGUAUGAUCAGGGUCGAAAGCGAAAUGAAUGCAUGUACAAUCAAAACAAAGGUUACGUCGUGUUUUCUGCAAUGGGCUCAUUCUUCAUCCCAAUGACUGUGAUGUUGUACGUGUACUCCAAAAUAUGCUGUGUGCUCACAUCUCGGCAACACCGAAUGUCACGAACAGAGGCCACAGAAAAAUCUUGUGAUUUAGAUGUUGAUUACAAUACUUCCGAAAAUGAUACUAGCCCAAAGUCGGGAGACUACGUUGGCAGGACGAACUCAACUGCCUACACUCAAUCGCAUCAAACGCUAUAUGAGUUUCUAAGUUCGGCUAGAGCCACCCCCAAUGCACCUAGGCAACAACAGAAAGCGACAAGAUUAAUAACAUCAGGUCCAACACCUAGUAAUGCCAGCGGAAUCGCAAAGUAUUCCAACAAUUAUGAGAUGCAACCGAUCCAUUCCGUUCAGUUCAGUGCCAGUCAACUAUCGCUAGCAGAAUCUUGUGUUUCUAACGUGACUCUCAAUAAUACCAGUAAAUUUAGACUUACCGGAAAACGCAUACCCAUUCGAAUUUCAUCUUUGAAACGUGAAACGAAAACGGCUCAAACACUCAGCAUGGUGAUGGGUGGAUUUAUUGCAUGUUGGUUACCAUUCUUCAUCUACUAUCUCCUGAUGCCGUUUCUGCCAGAAUCCUCCAAGAGUGCCGAUCUGAUGGCUUUCCUGACUUGGCUAGGUUGGAUAAACAGUGCUAUCAACCCAUUUAUUUAUGCCUUUUACAACGUGGACUUUCGGAUUGCUUUCUGGCGCUUGACGAUAAGAAAACUUCACAAAAAUAAACACAACUUAGCUCUUUUCCGACCGUAGACUUAAGCUGAAGAAAGAAAAUACGCUGAAAUUUUGUUGAAAGAAAUCCUCACAAAAAAAUUGAUGCUCCUGUUGUGUUUGUUUUGUUAUCAACGUACCUACCACCUCCUUCCUGAGUAAUUAAUAGCAGUUAUAGUAAAACCUGAUGACCCGAAUUAUGACUUCUCAAAGAAUUGUCUCACAACCUACAGGGUAAAAAGCGAAAAAACACACAUCGCUAUGAAAAUAAAGAGGAUU